AUGCCUCCACUACCAAAGGACAGGGUUAUAAAGUCCAGACCAUUUCAAAAUGUCGGAUGUGACUUCAUGGGUCCUUUCACUUCAAAAACUCUCGAGAAAAUGUACGUGUGUUUAUACACCUGCCUUACAACUCGAGCAGUACACUUAGAAGUGGUCGAAAAUCUAUCAGCAGGAGCAUUCCUCAAUUGUUUCGUGAGAUUCGUCUCGCGCAGAGGAGUUCCAGAGAUUGUCCGCUCAGAUUGCGGAACCACCUUCAAGCUUGGUGAAGUCAUUAUCACAAAGAUGUUCUGCGACCUCAACGAGAAUGGUCGAUCUCUUAUGUCAUAUUGUGCAUCCCAACGAAUAAAGUGGAUCUUCAAUCCUCCUGGAUCCCCCUGGAUGGGUGGUGCAUCGGAACGACUAGUCGGUUUAACUAAGAAAGCGUUUAACAAAUCAAUAGGGCGCAAACGCUUGAGUUUUGCAGACAUGUGCACCGUGAUGGGGAACGGUAAAGAGGGUCCCGGCGGAUUCUCCGCGAAUGCCUCCGAGACAACGUGCCUAGUGGAUAUGCCGGUGGAUACGCGAGCAUACCUCGAAGAGGUCACGCUCCAGUUGUACAUGAAGACGCAGACAACCGUCUUAGAUGUUCUUCUAGCCACAGAGACGCAGAAAGCUGCGGAGUUACAAGGAAAUAUGCUAAGAAGAGUGGUAUGA